GGUUGUUUCCGAGGUAACGACGUAGGCGUCGGGGAAGUGUGGGGAGGGGGGAGAAGAGAAGCGGGUUCUUGCUCUUUCAAGGCCCGACGGACAGCUGCGGUUGGUUGCUUUUUCUUUGAAACACCAAAUUGUGCCAUUCAAUCAAAAUUAUGGGAUUAUUUGAUAAACUGGCAAGUUGGCUUGGUCUGAAAAAGAAAGAAGUUCAUGUUCUGUGCCUUGGAUUAGACAACAGUGGUAAAACAACAAUUAUCAACAAGUUAAAACCAUAUAAUGCUCAAGCUCAAGAUAUUGUUCCUACAAUAGGAUUCAGUAUAGAGAAAUUCAAAACAUCAAGUUUAUCAUUCACUGUGUUUGAUAUGUCAGGUCAAGGUAGAUACAGAAAUCUCUGGGAACAUUAUUACAAAUCUUAAACACCGCCGAAUACCAGUUCUGUUCUUUGCAAAUAAGAUGGAUCUUAGAGAUGCUGUUUCCUCUGUUAAAGUCUCUCAUUUACUGACAUUAGAGAACAUCAAAGACAAGCCAUGGCAAAUCUGUGCUAGUGAUGCUCUUAAAGGAGAAGGGUUACAAGAAGGUGUGGACUGGCUGCAAGAUCAGAUCCAAAUAAUGAAGACAUGACAAGCUAAUGAACUAAUGGAAAUGUUAAAGAUAAUUUAUAGAUACUGAAGGCCUUGGAGACAAAAACUUUAGGCCUGUGUGUUUUCUUGUGUUGGUUUUCAUAAAAGCCUUUAAAAAUAAAAUAGUAUUUUUGCUAAUAGUUCAUAAUGGCCAUAAUGUGACCAAAGAUUUAGGUGUGGUCAAAUAAAACAAUGAAGUAAUUGUAUAUUAUUCAAAAACCUUUGGUAUAUUUUAUUUAAUUUUUAGUUAGAUGCCUUAGGGAAAUGCAUAUUGUUAUCUUAACAAAAAUGAUUUCUGAAAAGCUUUGCAUAGUGUCUUACAUUCAAAACUUCACACUGGCCAUGUCUCUUUCUGAACUAAAAUUAGAUUUAAAUUUAAUAGUCACAAGAAAGAACAAAUGCUGUAAAACUUAAGCUAGUGCACUUCUUGUUCUUUCAAAAAAAAAUUCCUACAGCUGGGAAGACUAUUUUUGUCCUUUUUCUUCCCGAUCCCUCAUUUUUUUUAUCAUCAUGUUAUAUUGUCUAGCCCACAGAUGAUAGUUUAUUCUAACUCUUGUGUAUAAAAUAAUUUCAAACCAUAGUUUGAAAUUUUACUUUAUAAACCUGUUUUAUGUAACAAAGCAUUGGGAAAGAAGAUAAUUAAGAGUUAAGAAAAAAUGGAAGGUUAUUUUUUCAGACAGAUAAGAGAAGAAGAUGACAGGUGUACAAGCAACAAGCUUGUACAAGUUUUGCUCCAAGCGAAAUCAGUGGUGUUUUUUUCCAAAAUAUUCAGUUUUCUCUAAGAAUAUUCUUUUCUUCUGGAAUAGGCUGAUCCACACAUUGCAAGGAGCUUUUUACAUGUCUGGAACUGUAAUCUCAAAAGUGUGGUAUUCUGGAUGAUACACUUCUGAAAAGGCACUAACGAUUUGAAUCAACCCCUUAGGCUAAGGAAAUUGAACAUUCCUAAACCAGACUGUUCUAUUUUGCAUACUUCUACUCCCAUAACACUCAUAGACAUCUUGCAUGUCUCAGUAGACCAUGAUUAUCUUGUAAAACAGCCCACUGCAAUAGAAUUUGGUAUAAGUUUAACUUGCACAGAAAUCAGCUAUGCCAUACAAGGUUUAGUUAGAUGUGAAUUGUGAUUUUUACAAGUUAUUUGGAUGCUUAUGAUGUGCUAUUUAUGUACUAAAUUGUAUUGUUUUCUGUAAUAGCUAAAAUAUUUUGAUAAAUA